AUCCAAACCAGGGGCUCAUCCAACAUGCGGGGAUAAAGGAAAUUCCUCAGAAUGGAAUGCACCAAAGUGAGAUAAUAUUAGCAAAUUAUUUUCACAAGGGGAGGGCUGCCUAUGACAUUUUAUGAUUUUUGAGGGGUUCUACGUAUAUAAAAACGUGAGCAGGGACCAGAAAAAAAAAGCUGCCACUGAAGGAGUCUGAGGAUUGAGUUGUUUGGUGAUGAACAGCACUGUUCAUCCAAUGCGCAAGGUAUUGCGUGAUUGAAAAGUAAGGAUUUAGCAGCUCUGAAUACGAUGCAAAUGAUCUGGACAAACUAAAGGAGAACACACAGGCUUCUGCAUUAGCUGAAGUAAAAACUGAUAUGUUCUAGGGAGUACACAAACCAAAAGACACCGGCGCCUGGACUACGAGUCAGAGAACCAACUCUUCACCUAACAUCCCCUUUACUGUGGUGGUACAACCUGUGCUUGGAUUACUGCCUGGAACAAGCUCGAGGCGACCUGUUCAGUUUUGGAACGGCGGGGCUUUGUCGAUUGUGACGUGGCCCUUUUGGUUUGUACGCGGAGUCUGAGGAUGAGCUACCGCCCUGUGUGCUGGCUCUGAGCUGCCUUCCACUGCCGUCCCCCGUGCCUGUGGGACCCUGUGAUCAUGCUGGCCAAGCCCCCUGAGCCAGCCAGAGCAGAACCACGACCCGUGCCCAGGUCAGCCAUCCCUUCCACAGCAGGAUGUCCCAGCCAGAUGCGGUCCCGCUGGGGACCAACGGCUCGGGGGCCGGGGGUCAGCUGCACUGGGCUGCUCUGCUCAUCAUCAUGGUUAUCAUCCCCACCAUCGGGGGCAACAUCCUGGUCAUCUUGGCCGUGUCGCUGGAGAGGAAGCUGCAGAACGCCACCAACUACUUCCUGAUGUCCCUGGCAGUGGCCGACCUGCUGGUGGGACUCCUGGUGAUGCCCAUCGCCCUCAUCACUGUGCUAUACAAUUCCGGGUGGCCUCUUCCGGAGUUCCUCUGCCCAAUCUGGCUCUUCCUGGACGUCCUGUUCUCCACAGCAUCCAUCAUGCACCUGUGUGCCAUCUCACUGGACCGCUACAUAGCCAUCAAGAAACCCAUUCAGCACAGCCAGUAUAAAUCCAGGUCCAAAGCCAUGGCCAAGAUAGCAGCGGUGUGGCUCAUAUCCAUUGGUAUCGCAAUCCCCAUUCCCAUCAAGGGGCUGAGAAACUACCAUCUUCCAAACAAUGUCACCUUUAACAGCAACCACACCUGCCUACUGAAACCAGACAGUUUCCGAGAGUUCAUCAUGUAUGGCUCCAUGACAGCUUUUUUCAUCCCUUUAACCAUCAUGAUGGUCAUCUACCUGCUCACCAUUCAGGUGUUGCGCAAGAAAGCUUUUCUGCUCAGGUCAAAGGUCACACAGCGCUUCACUCGCCCAACAGUCUCCACCGUCUUCCAGAGGGAGCACUCCAUGGCCUCUCCCACAACUGAGAAACUACCAGGAAAUCCCACUGCUCCUACCAACCCCAUGACAAAUGAAGAUAUCCCCAUCCGUCGCAUGUCCACCAUGGGCAAGAAGUCCAUGCAAAACCUGACCAAUGAGCAGCGUGCCUCUAAGGUGCUGGGCAUCGUCUUCCUGCUGUUUGUGGUCAUGUGGUGCCCAUUCUUUAUCACUAACAUCACCUCUGUGCUUUGUGCGAGCUGCAACGUCAAUGUGAUCGGCCGUCUGAUGGAGAUCUUUGUGUGGGUGGGCUACGUGUCAUCUGGUAUCAACCCGCUGGUCUACACCCUCUUCAACAAGACUUUCCGCCAGGCCUUCACACGCUACAUCACCUUUAACUACAGCAGCAUCAGUAAUGGGCCAGCCAGCCAUACAAGGGAACAGCAUGGCUGCAGGAAUCUAACAAGGAUCUCCUUCCGUUCAUCUGUGGCGGAGAACUCUAAGCUGUUCAUGAAGCGGGGAAUGAAAAACGGCAUCGGACCAGUGUGCUAUCAGAGUCAACUGAGCCGAAGGCAAGCACCAAUACAGUCCUCUGGCAGCGUUCUACUGGACACUCUGCUCCUUACCGAGAAUGAGGAUUGCAAAGCCGAAGAGCAUGUCAGUUACUUGUAGGCCUUUCGGAAAAUGCAGUCAGCAAAAGGGAAACAAUUAGAACCAGAAAGUCAGAUGUAAGAGGCACCCAAGGCUUGAGUUGUGAGCUCCCCAGGGGAUUACCUUCCAUGAGCAUCACAUGGAUUAUUUUCUAGUCAAGAAAACAGUGUGCUCUCAGGGGGGAAACAAAAAUAUGUAGAUUUCUGUCAAACAAAUAAGAGGCCCUCUGUACAGAGAUAGCUGAACAUUAUGCGUGUGAACAGGUGUGUUGAGGUGGUUGCCCUCAAUAAAAGAUAAGCUGACAAGGGUCAGGUCGGACUGUUCUUAAGAAAGCCGCCAGAGAGAUAAAUACAUAAGGAAUGAAGACAUAUGACUGUCUGGAAACUCUCUCAGUGGAUACAAUGUAUAUUCCAAUGUUAAUCCUGUCACCUUGGGCUAUUUAGUUCUCUGCUAUGGACAAUUUCCAUUGAGAUGGCAUUUUUACCUAUUGAGAGGACAAACACUUCACCUUCACACAAAAUAGUUUAUAAAUACCACCCAUUUUAAUUGCAAUUUUUUGGUAAGUGCUUUUAUGAAUAUUAACAGAUUUAUUGUAUAGUCACAGGUCCUAUUUUCCCAAACUGUUAUAGCAUCCAAAUGGAUUAUUAUAUAUAAAAUGCAACAAAGACAAAACCUUUGCAAAUGAGAAGCUUGUAAAAUACAAAUGUAUAGCCUACAGAUGGAUAUGUAUUUAGCAUAAAAUUCCUGGUUCAUAAAUUGAUAAAAUAGUGCUUUGCUA